CUCAACAGCUAUCAUGGAUUGCAAAACCUUAAUACUUUUCCUUUUUCUCUUCACGUUUAUUUCCAGCGCAGAAUUCAUUAUUCAUCCGUCCAAUGAAGUGAACCUUUUGGACUCCAAAGCAAGCCAAGGGGAGCUGGGCUGGAUAUCAUCCCCAUCCCACGGGUGGGAGGAAAUUAGCGGCGUGGAUGAGCACUACACACCCAUCCGGACCUUCCAGGUGUGCAACGUGAUGGAAUACAGCCAGAACAACUGGUUGAGGACCAACUGGAUUCCUCGCAAUUCUGCACAGAAGAUCUAUGUGGAGCUCAAGUUUACCCUGAGAGACUGCAACAGUAUUCCCAUGGUCCUGACCUGCAAAGAGACGUUCAACUUACACUACCUGGAGACUGAUGAAGACCAGGGAAGUAAGUUUCGCGAACACCAGUUCUCCAAAAUAGACACCAUCGCCGCCGAUGAGAGUUUUACUCAGAUGGACCUGGGCGACCGCAUCUUGAAGUUAAACACAGAGGUCCGUGAGGUAGGACCCAUGACUAAGACGGGCUUUUACCUGGCUUUCCAGGACGUGGGAGCCUGCGUGGCCCUAGUUUCGGUGCGGGUGUACUUUAAAAAAUGCCCUUUCACGGUGAGGAACCUGGCUAUGUUUCCCGACACGGUACCCACGGACUCACAGUCACUCGUGGAGGUUAGAGGCUCAUGCGUCAACAAUUCCAGAGAGGAGGAUCCGCCAAAAAUGUACUGCAGUACCGAGGGAGAGUGGCUGGUGCCUAUUGGGAAAUGCCUCUGCAACAUAGGAUACGAAGAACGGGGAGUCGCUUGCCAAGCCUGCCGGCCCGGCUUCUAUAAGGCCUCUUCUGGGAACGUCAAGUGCUCCAAGUGUCCGCCGCACAGCUACACACACCAGGAGGGAGCCGUGCACUGCGGCUGCGAGAAAAACUACUUCCGUGCGGAAGAGGACCCCGUCUCGAUGGCCUGCUCUCGACCUCCAUCUGCCCCACGCAAUGUGAUCUCUGCCAUUAAUGAGACGUCAGUGAUUCUAGACUGGACCUGGCCGGCUGACAGCGGAGGCAGGAAGGACGUGACAUUUAACGUGGUCUGUAAGCGUUGUUGGCCGGGUCCCAGGCAGUGUGAACCCUGUCGAGGGGCCGUGCGCUUCUUGCCCCGUGCCACCGGCCUCACUAACACCACAGUAACCGUGGUGGACCUCCUGGCACACACCAACUACACUUUUGAGAUCGACGCCCAAAAUGGAGUGUCCUCCCUGGCCCCCACGGUCCGCCAGUAUGCUGCGGUCACCAUCACUACCAACCAAGCAGCUCCAUCUGCAGUGACUGUCAUCAGGAAGGACCGAACAUCCAGAAACAGCAUCUCACUGUCAUGGAUGGAGCCAGAGAGACCCAAUGGGAUCAUUUUGGACUACGAGGUCAAAUAUUAUGAGAAGCAGGAACAAGAGACCAGCUACACCAUCCUGAGGUCAAAGGGCACAAACGUUACACUGAACGGACUAAAACCCGACACAAACUACCUGCUACAAAUCAGAGCGCGCACUGCGGCCGGAUACGGCGGUAGCAGUCGCAAGUUUGAGUUUGAGACCAGUCCAGACUCCUUUUCCAUCUCCAGUGAGAACAGUCAGGUAGUGCUGAUCGCUGUCUCCUCCGCCGUGGCCAUCAUCCUCCUCACUGUAGUGCUCUACAUUGUGAUUAGCAGGUUUUGUAGAUAUAGCAAGUCCAAACAUCCAGAUGAGAAGAGGCUGCCCUUUGGCAACGGCCACUGGGAGUUUGGAGAGGUGUGCAGUGGCCGAUUGAAGCUGCCGUCUAAGAAGGAGAUAUGUGUGGCCAUCAAGACGCUCAAAGCCGGAUACACAGAGAAGCAAAGGCGGGACUUCCUCAGUGAAGCGAGCAUCAUGGGACAGUUCGACCACCCCAACAUCAUCAGGUUGGAGGGUGUGGUCACACGCAGUAAACCCGUGAUGAUAGUGACCGAGUACAUGGAGAAUGGCUCUUUGGACGGCUUCCUGCGAAAACACGACGCCCAGUUCACAGUGAUUCAGCUGGUGGGCAUGCUACGUGGCAUCGCAUCUGGUAUGAAGUAUCUGUCGGAUAUGGGUUACGUGCACAGAGAUUUGGCUGCUCGGAACAUCCUGGUCAACAGCAACCUGGUGUGUAAAGUGUCAGACUUCGGCUUGUCCAGAGUGCUGGAGGACGACCCGGAAGCCGCCUACACCACGAGAGGUGGCAAGAUUCCAAUCCGAUGGACCGCGCCAGAGGCCAUCGCCUAUCGCAAGUUCACCUCGGCCAGUGACGUAUGGAGCUACGGGAUUGUCCUAUGGGAGGUCAUGUCUUACGGAGAAAGACCCUAUUGGGAGAUGUCCAAUCAGGACGUGAUAAAAGCAGUGGAUGAGGGUUAUCGUCUUCCCCCACCCAUGGAAUGCCCUGCCACACUUUACCAGCUGAUGCUAGACUGCUGGCAGAAGGAUCGAAACAACCGGCCGAAAUUUGAGCAGAUUGUCAGCAUCCUGGACAAGCUCAUCCGCAACCCCAGCAGUCUCAAAAUCACGGCCAGCACCGCGUCCAGACCGGUGAAUCUGCUUCUGGACAGGACCAGCACUGACAUCACUUCCUUUCACACAAUGGGUGAUUGGCUGGAGAGUGCGAGGACGUUGCCCUGUAAAGAUGCAUUCCGUGGGGUCAGCUACAGCUCCUGUGAUACACUGGCCAAAACCUCAGCAGAGGACUUCAAGAAAGUCGGUGUGACGAUCGUUGGACCUCAGAAGAAGAUCGUGAGCAGCCUAACAACACUUGAAACACACUCAAAGAACGGUCCAGUUCCUGUGUAAAAUUAAAAACGAGCGACUGAAAUGAAAGACACCUAAACGAGAUUGAUGCUGCUUUGGCUUUAACAGACAGGAAGUAAAUAUUAAACGAAAAGAGGAAGUGGAACUACAAUUCUUGAACACAUGUGCGAAGCAGAACAACCUUCCUGGAGAAAGAUCAUGUCUUCCCGGGCACGAGGUGCAAAGACGAUGAGCCAGCGAUUGUCGGCGAGAGAGGCGGAUGAGCGCGGGCCUCGUGUUUAGGAGUCUACGGUUACGCCGCAUGGCUCCUCCUAGAGGACAGAAGCCGGUCCGAUCCGAACGGAUUUAACGAAGAGCUCUUCACAUGUGGCAGGGGAGCAUUAAAAAGCCUUCAGGAAAAGCUUUGCAUAAGCAUCCGUCUUCCUUUUGGAAGGUAGCACUUCAGAGAGGCAAUAGCUUGCACCCCAGAGUUUUGGUGGUUUCUUGUAGAAAAGCCCCCUUUAUUAAUUCUUCUGAAGAACGGCAGGAGAAAUACAGCUGGUUACUGUUAGAGCAAUCUGGUGAUGCUUGUUAGGAUCUGACACGUUUGGCUAUAUAUUUGAUAAUUAAACAUUAAUCUGCAAGUGCAGAGAGCCAUUCUCCAGAAUCAGGGAUUUAGUAGUGGAGACCUUGGGUAAACAUGCCAUUUUAAAGGUUUAUUUGUUAAUGUAGCCCAUGACAUGUUUGUUUGCACCACUGUGUUCAGAUGAUAUAUGAAUUCAUUAUCAAAUAAAAACAGUACAAUAUAAAGAAAAUAAACUGUUUACUAGAAUCAGUAACAGUCAUAAUGCAUCACAUGAGAAAAGCAGACAGAAUAGAGUGAUGAUGUGUUUUUGCAGGCCAACCCAAAUGUUAGUAUCACCAAUAGAACUUUGCCAUUGGUUUUUGGAUUAUUGCUGAAAAUAGGCUCUUACACUUCCAGAGCUUAUUUUAGGCAUUUAACCAAAAGUCCAUUCACAAAAUCUAUUGACGAUGGAAGCGGAAGUGCUAAAUUGCAAACUUGUUUCUAAAUUUUGACCUGCAAAUAUAUGUCAUACCUGCAACUCUCUAUACCAGCAGGAUUUGGACAGUCUCAGAUAUGAUGAGGUAAAUGGGCUGUGUUCGAAAUAAAAUACUAGCUUACUACAUACUGAACACUCCCCGUAUUGUUUAGUAUGUGAAACAAAAGAUUUUGCAGCAACAUGUUAAAUAAUUGUCACGUGACCUCAUCUUGGUUAAGUCAGCGACAUCCAAUUAUCAACUUGAAAAUAAAUCAGGUUCCUUCGCAUUUUUAAUCCAAUUAUGUGUAAAAUUCAUACUGAAAUCAUGUUGACUUGAUUUCAAUUUGACUCGAUUCACCUCAGAUAUGGCUUCACUUUUCGUUUGUCCCCACAGAUGCUCUCCAUUCCGGCAACACCUACUUUUCCCAAUCCAAAUCAGUUCCCAAUUGAUUAAACAAAGUCCCAUUUUUUUCUCGUUGAAUAUCCUGGAAUCAGAUUAUGGAAAGAAAAUUAGUUGUUAAUGUCACUUCACAUUGAGUUUAACAUUUGGCAACCAAUCAAAUAAUGAGUCAAGAAAGAUAAUUAAAG